GCUUUGGUAGCUUCGCUAGUCAUGUCUGGUCGCGGCAAAGGCGGGAAGGGCCUGGGCAAGGGCGGCGCCAAGCGCCACCGCAAAGUCCUGCGCGACAACAUCCAGGGCAUCACCAAGCCCGCCAUCCGCCGCCUGGCCCGGCGCGGCGGCGUCAAGCGCAUCUCCGGCCUCAUCUACGAGGAGACCCGCGGGGUGCUGAAGGUCUUCCUGGAGAACGUGAUCCGCGACGCCGUCACCUACACGGAGCACGCCAAGCGCAAGACCGUCACGGCCAUGGACGUGGUCUACGCGCUCAAGCGCCAGGGACGCACGCUCUACGGCUUCGGCGGCUAAGGCUUUCAUCCUUCGUCUCCCCAUAACCAAAGGCCCUUCUCAGGGCC